GAACCACGAUGUGAACCAAUCGGCGUCGUUGAGCGCAGGAGCACGGUCUCGUUUUAAACCGCCCCUGCUGUUGAGCAAGCGCUGCCGCGGAGGUACAGGCUCGGGGCGUUUCGUGUUUUCGUGAGAGUCCGCAAACCUGAGCUAUGUCUGCCAACAGAGAGGCAAUGAACACCAAUCUCAUCGACGAACCCGAGGAAGACUUCAGCAGUCCGGAUGUGCGAUAUUCAGUUUUUCAGAACGCAGAUAAAAGCAGAAGGGGAUUUUGCCAAGAUCCCUUCAAGGUGGCCACAGCAUGCCUGACUGCCUUCUGCCUCAUCUUACUCAUGAUCCUGGUGGUCACAAGUGUUCACAGGGGUCAGGCGCAAGAUCAGGAUUCUCUGUCCAGCGCCGCUGAAUCACACAUGCAGAAGGACUGCGCUAACGUCUCGGCUCUGACUGAAGAACUGCAGGCUGUGAAGAAAGAAAAGAGCAAACUGGACAAUGAACUGCAGGCUACGAAGAAAGAAAAGAGCGAACUGGAGAAGGAACGGACACAGCUGAAGAAUAAAAUCGCUGAACUUGAGGCCACCCCUGCUCCGCAAACCACUCCGUCGCCAACUAAAAAUCCCUGUCCCAAUGACUGGGAGCACUUUAACGGCAGCUGUUACUACGUCUCUGAAUACCGAAGGAGCUGGUCGGACAGUCAGGCGUACUGCAAGCGGCAAGGAGGACAUCUGGCCAUUAUCCUCACAGCUGCCGAACAGACGUUCAUAUGGAACCUGCUGCCCCGUGGAUACUGGAACGCUUACUGGUUUGGCAUAAGUGAUGAAAACGUAGAAGACGACUGGCACUGGGUGGACGGCACUAAACUAGUUGGAGGCUUCUGGGAAGAUGGUGAGCCUAACAACCAUAUUAAUGAAGACUGUGGCUACAUGAUAAAAACAACCGUGUUAAGCCGCGUGGCUAUAAGGAGCUGGUAUGAUGCGCCCUGUCACAUGUCCCUGCCCUGGAUCUGUGAGAAACUGGUGUCUUCUUGAUCUUCGCUCCCACCAUCAUCAUCCUCUUCACCUCCAUCAACAGACAUUCAGGGUUGAUCUCAGGGUUUUUUUUAGUCAGUGUUUAAAAUGUUAAAAUGACUAACUCUAGUCAUGUAUCAAAAAAAGCAACUAACUGAUUAUUUUAAUCUGAAAACAUAUGUGCAUUAAUCUACAUUUAGCUAUGCUUUUAACAAUGUGUGAUUUAACUGAUUUGAAUUUUAUAUAAAAACCAUUAGAGACAAUUUAUCAUAAAAAAAUGUUCUUAUUGUUUUUAUUUUAUCUUUUUAUAGAGUGUGUGUGGGGUUCUGCUUAAUAAUAAAAAUAUAACAGUGAUUUUACAAACAAUUUUAUAAAAUAAACUUGCUGGUAGUUACACUUGCA